UGGGAUGAUGGCGCAUGUGUUGCCUCUGCAGGUGUGGCAGCAUCGAGUGCUGUCCAAUGGGCGUCUGCGAUAUGAGCAGAGUGAGAUCUUCGUCACGCGCCAGCGGCACCUCGGCUGUCUACUGCACUCUCAUUCUCGGCCGCAUCGACGCAUUGCUGAAGUGCCAUGGGCUCAGUGGGCUGAUUAACGUCGACAGACAUGGCGGGAAGGCUGGGGCGGCUCCGCUGCCCGGCGGCCUCUCGCGCAUCGACUACCUGUGCCUCUGGUGAUAUCGGCCGAGUGGGUGCAGCAGCACUGGCCCACCAGGGCCGCGUUGCGCCAGCUGCCGCUCGCACUGGCCAUCUACAAGACCAUCGGCCAUCUGCUAAGCCACAGAGGCGACAGCCUGGCCCUGACAACAGACGACCAGACUGGCGAGAAUGGCGAGGUCAGACACAUCAGAGGGGACAUUCAUGACUGACGUCUGCUGUCGUCAUGCCGUUGCCAUGCGUUUCUGUCUGCAGGAUGGUGGGCCUGACGAGAGUGGCGAGCAAGAGGAGGAUCUAGCCGGGCGGGUGGACAGUGGCGGAGCUGAGGAGGUCGGUGGAGAACACAUCAAGACAUGAGCGUGUUCACUGCACCCGCACGUGUGCCCCCUACUCAGGACGACGGCCAAGAGGGGCCCAUGGCGUCUGACGAUUGCCAGGUCAGCAACACCCAUACUGAUGUGGUGUGGUGCUUUGAUGGACGGCUCGUGUGUGUGGUGCAUGGUGUGGCGGUUUGCAGGACGCCCUGAUUGGCGAUGGCGACGGCCAGGCGGCCGGUGGGGGGCAGCCGACGGAACCUGACGACGACGUAGGCAUUGACUGCACUGCCCAAUAGGAAGGGGCACACGGGUUUGGUGUCCGCUGAUUGUGUGUUUGUGUGUGCGAGCAGGACCACAGUGAGGAGAGUGACGACCACCACAACUAUCUCCACAAGGUCGGCGAUGUGCGCUUCCGCAUUCUGCCGGCCUAUGAGGCCCCGGGCACCACCCCCACGACACAAACGACCCGGCCGUCAAGGAGGACUCCGCUGACGGCGUUCGGUAUCGCUACUCGUCAUCCUCGGUCUUCAUGACGGACAACCUCAUGUGCUACUGGUCCCGUCACGAGGCAGCGGGCCAGCAGGAGAUCCUGACGGCGCCAGUCCCACACACUGAUGCCCGCCUUCGGUCCCUCAUGGCCACAGAGGCCUUGGGCGACUGCAUCGUGGCGGACAUGCAUGUGGUGCUGUGUGGCCAUCGGCCGAAUGAGACCGUCGCUGCGCACCUUCGGGUUGCGCGUUUUGGACACGUUUUUGGACACAUAGAUAUCCACACAACGGAGGGGCGUGUGAGUGGUGGUGUGUCUGUUGACGAGUGCUAUCCCACUACCGUCCGCCAUGCCCGUGGUGUGCUUAAACGAGUCAGCCUAGAGAGGGAUGUGGUAGACCAGGGCAGGCGCAUGCAGACAAACUGUGUGGAUGGAGUGAUGGAACGACGCAUCGCAUGAUGUGGGGUCUCGGAUCGUUCAGCUUACAUUCUGUCGAUCAUUCAGCUUACAUUCGAUGAGUCAAUCGUUCAUGACAUCUAUUGCUUCUCUGUCAAUCGUUCAUUCAGCUUGUGUUCUCGUUAGCAGCGCAUCGGUCCAGUGUCUCUGUCGGGCCGGACUGUAGGUGUGACGUACACACUCAUGGCUCGGCGUGUUCUCUGUCACGUGACAUCGUCAAUCGUUCAAAUUAG